UGUGUGAUGUCAGACGCAGCUAAUGGAUGUCAGAGUUGUCAGAUGAGCGUGUGCUGCUCGUGUUCGCUAUGGCACCGUUGCAGCGCGAAUGAACGCGGGUUUUUUUUUCUCAUUUAACCUCUCCCAUCUGAAACUCUUCUAACUCCCGUAUGCUCUGUGUUGUACUUCCGAACCUGAUUUUAUUUCGCCUGGAUCGGAACCGGCCAUGACUGUGGAGCAGAAUGUCCUGCAGCAGCACUCUCAGAAGCACCAGCAGACAUUACUGAACCAGUUGAGGGAAGUUACUGGAACCACAGAUGUUCAGCUGUUACAGCAAGCCCUACAGGUCAGCAAUGGUGACCUAGCCGAGGCGGUUGCCUUCCUCACGGAAAAGAAUGCCAAGGUACCGCAGCAAGAUGAAGCCACAUACUACCAGACAGCUCAAAUCACCAAUGAUAGAUACAUCAGCGUGGGCAGCCAGGCUGACACAAAUGUAAUCGAUCUCACUGGAGACGAUAAAGAUGACCUUCAGCGAGCCAUCGCUCUCAGUCUGGAAGAGUCCAGCAGGGCCUUCAGAGAGACGGGCAUCACCGAUGAAGAGCAGGCCAUCAGCAGAGUCUUGGAGGCCAGCAUUGCAGAGAACAAAGCCAGCUUGAAGCGCACGCACACGGAGGUAUGGAGCGAUUCGCCCAAUCCACACGACAGAAAGCGGCUGGAGAACUGUCCCGUAGGGCUGAAGAACGUCGGAAAUACGUGCUGGUUCAGUGCGGUUAUACAGUCUCUGUUCAACUUGCUGGAGUUCCAGAGGCUGGUGUUGCAUUAUUCACCCCCUGCACGGAUGCAAGAUUUGCCCCGUAAUCAGAAGGAACACAGGAACCUGCCGUUCAUGCAGGAACUCAGACGACUGUUCUCCUUGUUGGUGGGCUCCAAACGGAAGUACGUGGACCCAUCUAGAGCCGUGGAAAUCCUCAAGGAUGCCUUCAAGUCUAGUGAGUCUCAGCAGCAGGACGUGAGUGAGUUCACCCAUAAACUUUUGGACUGGCUGGAGGAUGCAUUUCAGAUAAAAGCAGAGGAGGACAGGGAGGGAGAGAAGCCGAAAAACCCAAUGGUGGAGCUCUUUUAUGGUCGUUUUCUGGCCGUUGGUGUUCUGGAAGGAAAGAAGUUCGAGAACACGGAGAUGUUUGGUCAGUACCCCCUCCAGGUGAAUGGCUUCAAAGACCUGCACGAGUGUUUAGAAGCAGCCAUGAUAGAGGGAGAAAUCGAAUCUUUGCAUUCUGCUGAGAACUCUGCCAAAUCGGGGCAGGAGCACUGGUUUACUGAACUCCCACCCGUCUUGACCUUUGAACUAUCGAGAUUCGAGUUUAAUCAAGCCUUGGGCCGACCUGAGAAGAUCCAUAACAAGCUGGAGUUUCCCUCCAUGCUGUACAUGGACAGAUACAUGGAUAGGAACAGAGAUGUUACACGAAUAAAACGAGAAGAGAUCAGAAGACUCAAGGAGCACCUGACAGUCCUCCAGCAGCGAUUGGAGAGAUAUCUGAGUUACGGCUCAGGGCCCAAGCGGUUCCCUUUGGCCGAUGUUCUUCAGUAUGCCAUGGAGUUUGCAUCUAGCAAGCCGGUGUGCACCUCACCUGUAGAAGACUUUGAUACAACAGCACCACCUGGUGGCACAACUGCACAGGCGCCACCUGCAGCAAGCGCAGGGGAGCAGCCUGAUGCAGCUGAGGGUUCAGGUGCCGGUCCACAGGCCCAGCAGCGGGUACAUAAACCUUUCACUCAGUCUCGUGUCCCUCCAGACCUACCCAUGCACCCCGCCCCUCGACACAUCACGGACGAGGAGCUACGGGUGCUGGAGGGCUGUCUGCACCGUUGGAGGAGCGAGGUGGAGAACGACACCAGGGAUCUGCAGGCUAGCAUAUCCAGAAUCCACAGGACUAUUGAGCUGAUGUAUUCGGACAAGUCCAUGAUGCAGGUGCCAUACCGGUUGCAUGCAGUUCUCGUCCACGAGGGUCAGGCUAACGCUGGUCACUACUGGGCGUAUAUCUACGACCCACAUCACCGGCGAUGGAUGAAGUACAAUGACAUCUCUGUGACAAAAUCUUCCUGGGAGGAACUGGUCCGAGACUCAUUUGGUGGAUAUCGCAAUGCCAGCGCUUACUGCCUUAUGUACAUUGAUGAUAAAAAACCUUUCCUUAUUGAAGUAAUGUCUCCUGCUGCCAAUGCUCUUAUCUCAGAGGAUUUUGAUAAAGAGACUGGGCAGAUGUUGAAUGGUUUGGACAAGCUUCCUCCUGAUCUGAAAGACUACGUGGAGGCAGAUAACAAGCUCUUUGAGAAAGAAAUGGAGGAUUGGGACGCUCUACAAGCCCGCAAACUCCAGCAGGAGAAACUGGCUCUGGCUGCGGCCGCGGCGAACGUGGCCGUCCAGCCCAUGAACACCGAACCCUGCCCUACAGAUGACACCGCAGCUCCCCAGCAGGACCCGGAGUACAUGGAGCAGCAGUCGCCCAGCGGAGACUCCAAACACCUGCAGGAAGAAACCGAAAGAGCCAUCAGCAAAGCUGCUGCUGAACACGACGAGAAAAGCCCAGAAGUGCUGCUCAACACCUCUCAGUCAUAUCAUCCUGACCACCAGGUGACCUCUGACCCCUGCCCUCCCUCUGACCCUGAGCAGGACGACUCCGCCUCCUCUCCGCCCGCGCCUCAGCGGGUGGUGGAGGUGGCCAUUCCUAAUGUAGGAACCUUCGUAAUUCAGUCGAAGGAGGGAGGUUAUGAUGAUGAGGCGAUGAUGACCCCAAACAUGCAGGGUGUCAUAAUGGCCAUUGGCAAAUCCAGGAGUGUUUAUGACAAGGGUGGGCCUGAAGCAGCGUUCUUCAAGGCAAUGAAAGUCGAGUACACACGAUUAUUGAGGCUUGCUCAGGAGGACACGCCCCCUGAGAGAGACUAUAGGCUACAGCACAUCAUAGUUUACUUCAUACAGAACCAGGCACCUAAGAAGAUUUUGGAGAGAACUUUACUCAUGCAGUUUGCAGACAGAAACCUGGGCUUUGAUGAGAGGUGUAAGAACAUCAUGAAGGUUGCACGCGCUAAACUGGAACUUGUUAAGCCUGAUGAGGUGAACAUGGAGGAAUACGAGAUGUGGCAUCAGGACUACAGGAAUUUCCGUGAGACGACAGUGUUUUUGUUGAUCGGCCUGGAAAUGUUCCUUAAGAAAAGUUACGUAGAAGCAUUAAUGUACCUGAUCUACGCCUAUCAAUACAACAGAGUGCUUCUGGCGAAAGGGCCGUACAGAGGCCAUAAUGAGGACCUGAUCGGCCAUUACCGUAGAGAGUGCCUGCUGAGGCUGAACGAACACGCAGCCGCCCUGUUCGAGACCGGCGAGGAGAACGAGGUGAACAACGGUCUGAGCAUCAUGAAUGAGCUCGUGGUGGCCUGUAUUCCACUUCUGCUGGUGGACGAGAUGGAGGAAAAGGACAUGGUGGCCGUGGAGGACAUGAGGAACCGGUGGUGCUCGUAUCUUGGGCAGGAAAUGGAACCUAAUCUCCAGGAGAAACUGACCGACUUUCUUCCCAAGCUGCUUGACUGCUCGUCCGAGAUCAAAAGCUUUCCCGACCCACCCAAGCUCCCAUCCUACUCCACACUAGAGCUGUGCGAGCGCUACAGCCGGGUCAUGACAUUGCUCACCCAGAAUCGAACCCCCGCAGACGGUAGAUGAGCUGCGCAGACGUCAUUUCUCCCCACUAAUACACGCCUUCCUUAAAGCAGGGCUUUCCUGAAUCUACUGACCCUCGCUUUCUCUUUUGCUGCUAGAGAUUUUAUCUUUAUUGGUAUUAAUAAUGUUAUUUUGAGAAUUUUUAAAGUGGAAAAGGUGUGGAAAGAAGCACAGAAGACGACGAAAGCAUUUAAAGAGAAUAUCACGACUGUGCUUUAGACAUUUUGCGCAUGCAGCUUUAGCUUUGUGAAACGAGGUUGAGGAUUCAUUUCAAUCAUUUUGUUUUUAUUUCACAUCAGAAGCGGAACAUCCUGCUGCUUCGCCCCGGUUUGUUACAGUGUUAUCAUACAGGUUUUUUUUUGUGUUUUUCUAAAGUAUGGUGUAACAAAAACCCGGAGGAUUUUGGACGGGCUCGCAGACCCGAUAAGUGGGACUUUAACAUGAGUUUUAAGUGCUGUGGUUGGCAGCCACGGUGCACACUGUGGCUUGUUAAUACAUUGAGAGAAUAAAGUUUUAUUUAUGGCUCUUUUAGGCCAGAUACAUAUUUUUUUAAACGCUCCUAAUCUUUAUUGAACUUGGCAUUGAAUGAAUCUGUGCUGUGCUACUUUGGGUAUCUCAAAGAGAACAGAGUAUGUUUUCCUUAGGGACUUGCAUAGAUUUGAGUGCGCCUUUUUAGACUCGUCCUGAGUUCGGUUUACCAUAAAAAGUUUCACAGAUGCAGGAACAACCGAGUAUUGAAUAUAUACACUACUGCGUUCCCAAAGAAAUGAUUGGAGUACAUUACUAUGCUGAAUUCGUCUCUAAACAGUCCAUCGCUGCGCCGUCAUAAUAUAACGUCCAGAGGUGAAAUGCUGUGAUGCAUUGUUUCUAAGUUCACCCCAGUGUAAUGGAAAAUGUGGGAUUUGAUGCCGAGCAUCGACUAGGACUGGAAUUUUAGCAUUCGUGCUGGUGGAAAACUUCCUGGAUGGAUGCACUCUACUCUGGAAGAGAUUAUCAUUGUACAUAUUUACUCCAUUAUGUUUGUCGAAGAGUGUGAUUAUUUUUUUUUUCUUUUUGAUCAGAGCAGCUUGUUCAGCGCUUCUAUUAAAGCUGAAACAAAUAAACAAAACGAAACCUACUCUAAAA